AUGGCUCCGCCUUCGGUCGGCGUUAAGCCACCACGACAGGGUAGCGGUGUGAAAGGCCUGCGCGACAAGGAGAAGGCCGCCGCCAAAACGGCCCCAGGCGGGUCCGCAAAAGCUGGCCAGGGCCCGAAGACAGGGGUUGCGGAGGCGUCAGCGGUUCCUCACCAGUCUCCCGCGGGUGCACGCCAUCCGACCGGACCGUCUGCCGGGCGACCUACCGACGUUCCGCGCCAUGCCGACGUACCGUCUGCCGACAAGGUUGGCCGCGCGGGAAAAGGGGCGGCAGUUGUGGACGCGCUCAAGGAGCAGCUCAGGCUCCUAGCCGGCCACAGGGCUGUUCAACAGGCCCCCCCUGCUGUCGACGUCCCAUCGGCCAGUGGGCCACGUGUAGUGCCGGUCGUCGCCGCCCGUACUCCUGCAGACCCAAAGUCCGCGUUGUUGCGCGCCCAGCUGGGCGCACUAGCGUCGACUGAGAGGACUCAGCAGGCUUCUGGCUCUGGCUCUAAGCCGUCGUCGGCGAAUGUCGCACCACCCACCCAUGUGGCAGCUGAUGUGGAGAAGGCGGCGGAGAAGGGCGUUCGUGCCGCGCUUGCCACCGGCGGCGGCGCCGUUGAGGAGGUCCCCGCAGACGCUGAUAUCGCUGCCAUACAGGCCCAUCUGGAUGCAGCCAAUCCCCGAACCCUGGCCAUCUCCGACACGGAACAUGUGGAGCCUUCGGCGGGACUCGUCGGCAUCGCGGCAGAGCCUAGUGCGACCGGUGAUGCGGUCGGUGAAGGAAAGUCGAAACGGAAGGGGAAGGCGGGCUCACAGAGGAAGACGCGGGAGAAGUCGGAGGUGAAGGCGGCGGAUAAACAGAAGGGGAUGGCGGCGGAGACGGCGGCGGACAAAGAUCGAGGCAGCAUUGGGGAGGUUGAAGGGAAAGGGGAGAAUCAGGAGAAGUCGCCCGGCGAGGGUACGUCGACGGGGAGGAAGGGGAAGGACAAGUCGGUCGGAGAAGGUGCGUCGACCGGGAGAAAGGGGAAGGAGAAGGCGGUCGGCGAGGGUUCCUCAAAGGGGAGAAAGGGAAAAAGGAAGGCGGAGGAGGAGGAUGAGGAUGUCGAGGAGGUGGAGGAGGUCGAGCAGGAGGAAGAGGAGGAGGAGGAGGAGGAGGAGGAGGAGGAGGAGGAGGAGGAGGAGGAGGAGGAGGAGGAGGAGGAGGAGGAGGAGGAGGGGAAGGGCAAGGAGAGGAGGGCUCACCGGCUUGGACAGCGCCGAAUUGGAGAGGUGGAAGGAGGUGUGGGAGGAGGUCAGGAUCUUGCCGACAGGGAUGUGGACGGUGAUGUGGGCCCGGGGCUGACAGAGAUCCUCGACGCGUAUCGCCAUUACAAGUCCACAGGCGAUUGUCUCCACGCCGCGCUCCUGCCAGCGAUAUGGUACCCAGUCGAUGCUAGCACCGAGGAAGGCCGGGAGAAGUCGGCGUUCAUGAUGUCGGCGAUGAUAGGCCGCGUGUCAAUGUGCGCUGCAUAUGGGAAGACCGCUGCGGCAGCGGCGAAGAAGGAGGGAGACAAGGAGGAGAAGACGGAUAUGGCGGCAUGGGUGUUAGCAGCAUCCGCAUGCGCUGUGUGGUGCUUCGUCGAGAACGGCGAUGCCCAGCUGGCGGAUGCUGUGGAAGAAGGGAAGUCGGCGGCGAUCAUCGGCGGAGCGAGCCAGGCGACCGCCGAUGUAUUCGGAAAAGUCAUGGAGGCGGUGCUGAAAGCCGAGAUGAACAGGGACCGCCCCCUGGGAGAGGUUGCCUACAACGUCGCGCCAGCACUCCAGAGGACCGCCCUUGAUAGGGUCUAUCCGGGGGGGAAUGCUGGAGUAGAUGCCGACGUUAUCGCUAGAGCGACGGUUGAGACGAUGGCGUUUUGGGGAAUGUGCCCCGUCGCCGGGCCGAAACUAAGAGCGAGGGACAUCGCGGUGCCGAUUGACGCGCAGAUGAAGGCCGAUCUUGACAACAGGGGGAGGAAGGGUCUGAGGGGCAAGAAGGGGACGAAGACCAAGGGCGGCACGGAGAAGGGCAAGAUGUCGAAGAAGGACAGCACGACGGCCUAG